CAUUCAGUGACGAAAUCAGUGUUUGUUUUGAAACUCAUUUCAACUUUUGGUUCAUUUGUUUGAAGUCGGAGUCCAUUCACUCCAAGAAGUCUUCGCCACAAAUGGUUCACUACUUCACGACCAAUGUGGUGUCACCGCCGAUGACGCUAUACAUGGGUUUUGAUAAACACGAGAAUGAGGAGCUGAUCCGUUGGGGAUGGCCUGAAGACGUGUGGUUUCAUGUGGACAACGAGUCUUCAGCGCACGUAUACCUCCGUCUGAAGAAAGGCGAGACAUUGGACGACAUCCCGUCGGCGGUGAUCGACGACUGCUGCCAAUUGGUUAAGCAGAAC